GGGAGGGAGACGCCGGAAUAGACUCUUUCUCCCGCCAUUUUUCAAUUGCACAAGAUAUUUUUUCAGGGAACUGCAGAGCUAACCUCGUAUCCAGGCCCAGCCGACCAAGCCGAAGGCUAAUUAGUGCCUUGGGUGUGGGGGAGAGAGCUGGGCGGUUAAUGUGCUUGAGUCUCCCGGGGAGAAGGUGAUUAACAUGCUCUCCCACAAGAAGAGGCCGGCCGAAGUUCACUGCGAUCAGUGGGUGCUCGUUGCACCAGAAUCUGUUACUGAUCUUCCAGGAAAGACUGAAAAUGGACCUGUGUUUACAAGACUGCAUAACCCAUGUACAGGGGAAGCAGCCCUUUACUUGUUCGAUACCAAUGCGCAACAGCUGUUUGAAGUAAAAGCUUUCCAUGAAGAGUACCAUUCUUGGUUUAUAGGUCAGACAGUUCAACGCGAUGGUCGCCUUUUACUUGUAACGCCAAUGGACCCUUUGUUUAUGGUUCUGUACUACCUUAUAAAGGCUGAGAAAGAGCAAGGGAAGUUUCAGCCACUGGAUCAAGUGGUGAUAGAUGCAGAGUUUCCUAGCUGUUCCAUGCUGUUGCAGUGUGCCAGACUCAGACCUUUUCUUCACCAUGUGACAGAGGAAAAAGAAAUUGGAAAUAAGAAGUUUUAUAAGUACAGCAAGGAGAAAACAUUGAAGUGGCUGAAUAAAAAGGUGGAUCAGACUGUGAGAGCUUUAAAAAUCAGCAAUGUAAAUGUAGGUGCCCGAGUUUUGUCCGCCACAUUUGUCCCGGGUGACCAUGGCUCUGAUGUCAAAGAAGAGGAUUAUAUCCGUUAUGCUCAUGGCCUAAUAUCUGAAUAUAUACCUAAGGAAUUAAGUGAAGACUUGGCUAAAUACUUAAAGCUUCCAGAACUUUCUGCGUCAUUGCCUGAGCCUCCAUUAAAGGUGGCAGCACCACGAAGACAGACAAAUAAGCAAAGGACUAAGUAGGAAGCCUGGCUACAUCCUUUGCUACUUCAACCACAACUUUGUCUUCUGUGUCUUCUAUAAAAUCAACAUAUUGGGGGGUGGGGAGAGGGAGGAGAGGUGGGCUGGAUAUUUUAAAACUAACAAACUGAUCAGAGACUUCAUUCUGGAAUGUGAUUUUAUGCUGUAUAUACUGUAUUCAGCAUUUUUGGCCUAUUUUGGCUGUUUCUUUAUAGAAGAGUCAAUUCUACCAUGUGACUGUUUUCCCUAAAGCUGACGGGCUUUACUGACAAAUUGUCCCACAAAGCUUGAAAGCACUUCAGGAGUGUCAACUGCCGAGUUAUCCCUUCAUGUGCAAACCCAGCUCAUCACAGAGGCAUUCAGGUACUACAAUCAAAAGGGAAAGUAGAGAGGUUGGAUUUCCAGACCCGUCUUUUGUCCUCUUAAAAAACAAAACAAAACAAAAAAAACCCACACCACACAGCUCGUUAUGUCCAAGUUCAAAAUGUCAGCCUUGGAAAAAGCUCAUUGUAAAAUUUGGGUUGUUUAAAUACCUCCCUACAAUAGCCCAUUUUGCAUUGUUUUCCCUGGGGUUAUGUCAACGUCUCCAUGAUAUAUGCCUGUUUCCAGGUAUGUGCAGUGCAUCUCUAAGUACUUGAUUCCAGGCUAAAAGCUGCAGUGAACUGAGUUUCAACUCGUAGUUUAAAAAAAAAAAAAUCAAAACCUCCAACACACCCCCAAACCAGAAAAAUCAACCAAAAAAAAUUUGACCCUUCUCUGCCCCAUAUCAAUUUGGCUGUUUCAAAUUUAUAAAGAUACCCAAACAUGUGCAUUUUAUAGUCUCUAAGAGCUAUAAACAUGGCUUCAUUUUUAAGAGGUUUGUCCGGUAUGUGUAUUUUCGUUGAGGAGGAGGGAGGUGGGGAACAAGGAAUAAUUGGCUUGGAAUUUCAGUGUAUUGGGAAUACAUCUGAAGGGGAGUGGGUAUUCAUGCACAAAUGUCAUGAUGUUUUGGUUAGCAGCCACUUGACGUGUAACAAGAGCAGGAUGACUCUUGAAGGAACUGGGAAAUGUAGGGCUGGAGCUCAGAAGAUCAGUUGGGGUUGGGUGGGAGUAGGGAGGAGAUAGAGACAUGAUAAGCCUGAAGAAGAAAAGAGUCAAGAGGGACAUGACAACUGUCCUUAAGUACUUCAAGACCUCUCAUGUUCAAGAGAGACUAGCCUUCUCUUUGGCUCUCUCAGAAGGCAGAAGCAGGAGAAGUGGGUGGAAGCUGCCAAGAGGCAAAUUUGGGUACAGUAUCAGGAAGAAAACUCCCUAAGAAUUAGAGCUGUCCAAAAGUGAAAUAAGCUGCCUUAGGAGUGAUAGAUUCCCUCUUUGGAGACUGUUAAGUAAAAGCUGGAUCAUAAUGUGUUAGAUACAGUGGAAAUUCUUUUUAGGUAUGUUUUUGACAAGAUGGCUGCUAGGGUUCCUUCCAAUUCACAAACUCUGUGACUCCAACAGGGAUGCUAUGGAAGUGAUCUUGGGGUGAGGGUGUCCCUUUUUAGGGGACACUAGAAUUGAAGUUAUUACUCUGUCAGGUCAGUUGAACUUGACUCUGAGAAGUCACGUGUGGAUUUCAACUAAUUAUAUAUUUCCCCUCACCCUUUCCUCUUGUACUUUUUCUUCUCUUUACCCCAUUCAUCCACUUAACAACUAAGUAGAAGGUGGUAAGAGAAGAGUGUGUUUAAUAUUUGUGAUCUAUAAAUAAUAUAUAUUUCUGCUCCCUUAACUCUGUUUUUUAAAGUUUUUUUGAUGUUUUCUUAUGAU